AUGCCGCUCGUAAUCCUAACCGGAUUCCCCUGUUCUGGUCUCAGCUACCGCGCCAGCCAACUUGCCUCGCUUUUCGAAAAGGCGCAAGACGAACUCUUUGAAUCCCAAGACGCUUCCUCGCCCGUGACGCUCAAGUCCCGAUUCAAUAUCCACGUUGUCCCAUCCCAUGAUACCUCCAACCCACGAAUUGUUUACGAUAAUGCGCGUACAGAGAAGCAGGCUCGCGGCGUGGCCUAUGCCCGGGCAAAGCGCAAUCUCGCGCGAAACAACAUCGUGAUCCUCGAUGGAAUGAACUACAUUAAAGGAUGGAGGUACCAGCUCUGGUGCGAAGCCAAAGCCGCAGGAACAACAUGCUGUGUGGUGCAUAUCGGAACACCAGUGGACCAGUGCGUCGCAAACAACGACGCCCGACUCAAGCGUCAGGCGUCUGAAAAGAACCCCGAACCCGAAUCUGAGCCUAGUCCCUCCGAUCCCACCAUAACAACCGACACAGAAGAGCCCUACCCAACAGACCUCCUCAACAAUCUCAUCUUCCGCUACGAAGAACCAUCCACCCACAGCCGUUGGGAUAAACCCCUCUUCACAGUCCCCUGGGCCGACGAAACACCACCAAUAGCAGACAUCUUCCACGCGUUGACAGGCGUCAUCCUCCCAUCCGCCGAAGCACCACCCAUAACACCAAUGACUGAUCUCACCUCCUCACUCGAAAACACAAACCUCUCCUCCGCCGCAAGCGUAACAACAACCCGCACAUCAUUCACCCGCGGUGGAAGCGGACGCCCAGGCGCUCUCUCUCGCCCAAAAGUAAUCCAGCACCAAGCUACAGUACAAGCCAUCUCAACGGACUCCGGCGCACUUUACAGCAUGGAAAAAUGCACUUCGGCUAUCGUUACUGCUAUUCGGACUUUUACGCUGAAUACCCCCUCCGCAGAACUGGCUGUUGCUCAGAGCUCUGACCGGAAGGGUAUUAGUAUUGAGGUUCCGGAGUCGGAACUUAAGGUCUUUAUACCCACGCAUGUGGCUACAACUGGUACUACGGAUGAACUUGCGGGUGCUGGGGGUAUUUUGGCGUUGCCGAAAUUGCAAAGGUUGAGGAGGCAGUGGAUUAGUUUGAAUCGGUCGUAUAUUGGGAGGAGAUAUGGGAGUGGAGAUGGGGGGUUGACGGUGGAUCAGAUUGGGGAUGCGUUUGUGAGGUUUUUGAAUUCGAAUUUUGGAGGUGAGGAUGAUGAUUCGUGA